AUGAUUCGAAGUGAACUAGUCGGUUCUAUUCCGCGGCCAGAUGAAUUAAUUGUAGCUCAACGAAGUUAUCGAUAUGGAAUGAUUAGUCGUAAUCAAUUAAAUACUCUUCGAAAAAAAGCUAUUCAUACAACAGUUCAAGAAUUAGAAGCAACUGGUUCAAGUGUUCUAACCGAUGGUGAACAAACAAAACCAUCAUUUUUAACUUAUCCAAUAUAUGCUUUAGUUGAUGAAUGUUAUACAUUUUCAGCAAAUUGUUUUGCUUUAACUUUUUCUGAUGGACAUCAACGAUCAUUACCACGCCUUGCUAAAGCUCCUUUUCGAUAUGCAAUUUAUGCUCAUACAUAUAUCGAUGAAGCAAAAAAACAUACGAAUCUACCGAUUAAACAAGCAGUUAUAGCACCUUCGGCUUUAUCAAUGGUUUAUCCAGAAGCAACUAUUGAAGGUUAUUCUCGUGAAAAAUUCUUGGCUGAUUUAAUGAGCGAAGCAGAAACUGAUAUACGUGAAUGUUUUGCGAGUGGUGCACAUUCUGUUCAACUUGAUUUUACUGAAGCUCGUUUUUCAUUAAAAAUAGAUCCAACUGGACAAUUAUUACGUGAAUUUGUACGAAUAAAUAAUCGAGUUUUAAGUCGGUUUGAACCACAAUUAAGACAUCGACUUGGUGUUCAUGUUUGUCCAGGUGCCGAUAAAGAUUGUUAUCAUUCAUUUGAUAUUGAUUAUCUCUUAGUUCUUCCUGCUUUAUUUGAACUUCAGGUGGGAAAUUUUUUUCUUCAAUUAUCAUCUGAAACUAAUCGUCAUCAAAUAUUAUCACGUAUUCGUGAUUUAAUGCAACCAUGGCAUAAAAUUUUUAUUGGAGUUAUUGAUCCUCUUAAAGCUAAAAUUGAAACACCAGAAGAAGUAUGUGAAAGAGUAUUAGAAGCUGCUAUAUAUAUUCCUGUUGAACAAUUGGGUACUACAGAUGAUUGUGGCUUUUCACCAUUUGAUGAUGAUCAAUCAACUUCAAGACAAAUUGCAUUUGAUAAAAUUCGAGCACGUAUUCAAGGUACAAAAUUGGCUGAAGAGAAGUUAAAUAUGAUGAGAAUGAAAAAGAAAGAAUAA